ACAUUCUUAGAAAUAUACUAUAUAGUGUACAUAUAUAUCUAGACUUCCUUAGUGAAUCAAAGAAGUUACAAAACCCUUAGAUAAUACAUGUAUAGUCAUGGCAAGGACUGAAAAAAUUGAUUUCGAGAAAGUAAUAGACUCAGUUGAAGAUUUAACAUCAGAGGAAAAAGAAGAUAUCAAGAAAUUGAUUAAAAAUGGGAAUUCAAUUGAAAUUCUUGUGACAGGCAAAACGGGAGCAGGGAAAAGUUCUCUUUUGAAUUUUAUUCUUGGUAAGACCAUUUUUGAUGUAGGGAAAACCAAAGAUGCACCUUGUACAAGCGAGGUUCAUUUUAAGGAUUCCGAAAGAAAUGGUAUCAAGAUUCGUGCUUGGGACUCGCCAGGCCUGCAAGACGGAACUGGCGAUGAGAAAUACAUAAAAGACAUGCAACAAAAAUGCGCUCAAAUUGAUCUGAUGCUGUAUUGUAUUUCAAUGGAAGAAAUGCGAAGUGACUUGCAUGUUCACUACACUGCAAUUCAUAAGAUAAAUAAACUGUUUGGUAAGCAGUGCUGGAAGAAUACCGUUUUUGUUCUUACUUUUGCAAAUUUUAGAGUUACAUUUUUGAAAGCAAAAGGAACAUCUGAAGCCAAGCUGAAGGACGGAGUAGAAGAACGAAUCACAGAGUGGCGAGAGACGAUACAAAAAACACUAACAAGUUUGGAGGUCGAUAAGAAGAUUGUUGAUAGUAUCCUUGUCGUACCAGCUGGUCAUCCAAGUAAGUCACAUCUUCCUGGUUACAGACAUUGGAUCAGCAAUGUGUGGAGUCAGUGCCUACUCCGUAUGAAAAGCGAUGCACAAACUGCUUUGAUUAAAAUGGAAACACAGGAUGGAUUUGUUAAAGAGCAGGAUGCAGACAAGAUUGGCAAAGUUAGUGCAGAUGAGCGAAAAAUCGUUUUUACUCCUGGUGUAAAAAUUGCAAUGGGUGUUGCUCUAACUGGAAUUGCUGCAACUGGGACGGGAAUAGGCGCUGCAAUUGGAGGAGCAAUUGGUGCGUUGGCAAUUGGUAUACCGUCUUUUGGUGUUGCAGCUGGCGUUGGCUUGGGACUAGGUGCUGCUGUUGGUGGGGCAAUCGGGGGUAGCAUUGCAAUUGGAGUUGGUGCUCUAAUCUCUUUGUAUCGUAAACACAAGAUGAGUCUUGAGGAUUAGAAACAGCUAAACUUUUAGUUAGUAAAUUAGCAGUGUGGUAUUAGCUAGCACACCCACUCUGGGUACUAUGUUACUACGUACACGUACUGAGUGGUUGUUUUUAUUAUCUAAUUUAUAAUGAUAUCCAGUAUAC